GCGGCACAUCCAUCCCGUCCAGGAAUCGUCGGGCGGGCGCCGAGUCCGGCGGCAAGCGAGCGUGCAAACGUGCACCAGCAGCAGCAGCAGUAACAGCAGUACGCGUACCGACGCUGUCGCGCCGACAAACGUAGGGACGCGCGCGCGUGCUAGAUCGCCUCCGACCUCUAAUUGGAUUCCGUCCGAGGCCUUAUAAAAUCGCGAAGCGGGCGAGAGAAGAAGGAGAAAGAGGAGGAGGCGGACGACGGCGACUACGACGAGGAGAGAUCGCGCGUGUGACGACGACGACGGCGGUGGCGACGGCGGUCGGAGACGAUCUCCUUUCUCCCGUGCGUUCGCGACAACUCGCGAGAUCGCCGACCUACGACACGCGCUGCCGCGAAAAGCGGCCGUUUCAUAAGUGUUAAACCGCAUCAGCGGAAAGCAGAAGAACACGGGGGCAGACGGAGAGAAGGAGAGCGAAGAAACAGGAGGAGGAUCGAGAGGAAUGAUGAAUAAGGAACAGGCUCACGAUGCCAAGCAACAGAUCGCCACGAGUCCCGAGGACACGGAGGACAUGCCCGCGGGACAGCAGGGCCCGCAGGUGCCGCGGCGGCGGGGCGGAAUCUCAGCGGAGCCGGUCUCCGAGGAGGAUGCCACCAGCUACGUGAAGAAGGUCGUACCUAAGGACUACAAAACCAUGGCUGCCCUGAGCAAGGCCAUCGCCAAGAACGUGCUGUUCGCGCACCUGGACGAGAACGAGCGCUCCGACAUAUUCGACGCGAUGUUCCCCGUGACCUUCCUGCCCGGCGAGGCGAUCAUUCGUCAAGGCGACGAGGGUGACAACUUCUACGUGAUCGAUCAAGGAGAAGUCGAAAUAUUCGUUAAUGGCGAGCUGGCGACGACGAUCGGCGAGGGUGGGAGUUUCGGCGAACUCGCGCUAAUCUACGGAACUCCGCGCGCCGCCACGGUCAGAGCGAAGACCGACGUGAAGCUCUGGGGCAUCGACAGGGAUUCCUACCGCAGAAUUCUCAUGGGCUCCACUAUAAGGAAAAGGAAAAUGUACGAGGAGUUCUUAUCCAGGGUUUCAAUAUUGGAAUCCUUGGAUAAAUGGGAGAGACUCACAGUGGCAGACGCUCUGGAGCCGGUAGCGUUCGACGACGGUGAAACGAUAGUCCGACAGGGCGAACCGGGGGAAGAUUUUUAUAUAAUCGUCGAGGGUACGGCGGUGGUCCUUCAGCAACGUUCGGAAGGGGACGAACCCGCGGAGGUCGGCCGUUUAGGGCCAUCGGAUUAUUUCGGGGAAAUAGCGCUACUGCUGGACAGGCCCCGAGCGGCGACCGUGGUGGCCAGGGGUCCGUUGAAGUGUGUGAAACUGGAUCGGGCGCGGUUCGAGCGGGUCUUAGGUCCGUGCGCCGACAUUCUGAAACGCAACAUCACCCAGUAUAACAGCUUCGUGUCCCUCUCCGUUUAAACGGACACCAUCUGCAUCCUCCCUCCUCUUUCCUCUCCAAACCCGUCAUCGCAGUCAACGCUGCCGAAUCAUCCCCGACUUCAUUUCCUCCGAGGGCUACGUUAUUUCGCCGUACCAUAGUUAAAUCUUUUUUUUAUUUGAUUAAUAUUUAUAUAUAAGUGAAUUAAUGUAUUACGUCAGCUAUCAAUCAGAUGUGACACGCAUACACACACACACACACAUACACACAAAAUCACACACAAACGGAAUCGUUAGAGAGACGCUGUUAAUUAUAUUUACCGUAAGGCUAUUUACGCACUGUGUAGCUCGCGACUCGAUGCCGACGCGCACGCGAAUUCAUAUUGACGUUGAUCUCUUCCGCGCGAUCUGUUCCUACUCGUGUGAGAUUCUCACGUGCGCGAGAAAUUAUUAAUCCGUUAACGUCUGACCUUUUUCGAGGGGCUGAGAAUCUAUUUUUAAAACAGAAAUUUAUCGAAUCUGAAAAAAAAAACCGCGAAGCGCCGGAUACUAGCGGUGAGUUAUAGAGGACAGGUUUCUUAUUUGCGAGACCAUGUCCCUUUUCGCUUAAGGACGCUAACGGGUUAAUCCGGUUAAUGGCACGUUGCAUACAUCUCGAGAGCAUUGUAGAGAUUUUUGAUCGAAGCUGAACGUGUGUCCCGACGUGGUUUUUGGAACCGCAUCCCGACAUGGGGUCUACGUCGAAGACGCAGACGCUUAGCUCGUGUUACUACAUGAAACGUGAUCGAACCAAUUUAAAUUAUUCGAAAGCCAUUUUCAAGGCUUCUAUUACAUCAGAAGCGAAAAAAAAAUCGUACAAAUUGCCGCUCCUGUUUGAUGGAAUAGAUUGGUAAAAUAUCCCGAAAAGUCUGUAAUGAUGAAUAAUUCAAUCUACAUGUAUAUUUUAAAUUUUGAAUGGAAAUGGAUCUCAAUUGAACUAAGUAGCUUUUAAUUUUCGAACCAAAGUCUUUAACGAAUUUCACAAGCCUAUUCUGUCGAGUAGAAGUAGCGAUAAGAAAAAAGAACUGGCUUCUUUCAUUGUAAACAUAUUGUAUAAAACACGUACGAGUAUUACGCUUCUGAUGUAAUCCGAUACCGAUGUAGCUACAGUGACGAGCCAGGAGCCGUAAAUAUUAUCCAGCAGUGAGAGGAUCGGCGUUGAAAGUGACGUUUUCUCGUUUACUGUUAUAUACUUUAAAUGUUCUAUGUUGUAUCAUGGAUUGUUAAAUUAUUUAACAUUUAAAUUAUUUUAUCUACCGAUCGCGCGAAUCGGUAUAUAUAGAUAUACAUAUACAUAAUUAGCAACGACAACGUAAAUGUCGGUCGCGAUUUGCAAUUGAGGACGCCGAGAAGCCCGUCGACCGUGGUAUUUAUUAUUAAGUGAAGCAUCAUCGAGGCGAAGUCGAGGCAAAACGAGUCGCAAUCUAUGUCUCCUCUAAAAAAAGAGUGCGCUAGGUUUAUAGUACGACAAGCGAGACAAAAAAAUGAGGUACAACGUCAGAAAAUUAAAUAAUUUAUUAUGCACAA